AUGGCUAGUAUGGUCUCUGAGUUUCAAUAUCCCGUCCUUCUCAGCGGUUCACCGCUUCCCAUUCGCAUCUACGGCACCGCUUUCGGGCCCAAUAGGCCAGUGCCACACGUUAUCGAUGCUUUGCGAGAAGGGUAUCGGGCAAUAGACACCGCGUCGACGAGAAAAGUGCACAAUGAAGUCAGCGACGGCGAAGACAUCGCGACAGCGCUCCAGGAUGCAAAGAUGGCCCUGAAACGGGAAGAUCUCUUCAUCCAGACAAAGUUUGCCCCGGCUUGGACGCAGGCUGAGCCCUGGGCUUUCGAUGUGGGCGAUGAUCUCCAAACCCAGGUUUACAAGAGUGCCCUCCGGAGUGGAACGGCACUGAAGGUCGACGCCAUAGACGCCUAUCUCCUGCUUCAGCCCAUGGGAACCAUGGAGGAAACAAGGAUGGUGUGGCAGGCAAUGGAAGAUAUUUACCACCAUGGAGGCGUCCGCUAUCUUGGUAUCUGCAAAGCCGACUUGCCUGUUCUGGCCUCAAUCUAUGAGAAAGCUACGGUCAAGCCAUCGAUCGUUCAGAAUCGGUUCACCCACCGAAACCAGUAUGAUAAGUUGGUGUUGGAUUACUGUAAAGAGCACAAGAUCUGCUAUCAGGCUUGGGGAGUGUUUUCUGAAGAGAACAAAGCGGUGGCCAAGGCCGUGAUGGGCGAUAUCCAUGCCCGAGGUUUCAGAGUCGCUGGGGCGGACUUUGAUUUCUUUCUCCAAUGCAUCAUGGCCAUGAAUCAACGUCAAGCUGUCAUGUUCCACAUCGUCGAUGGAAGCUCCAAUGUUGAGCAUAUGCGGCAGAACUUGAAAAUUGGCGCGGAAUCUGCCUCGAUUGGAGACGACUUGAUCGUUGCAUUUCGCGAUGCCUUGGACCAAUACCACAUGAGAGCAAAGAGUACCGCAUGA